ACUGUGAUGAAUGAGUUCAACGCCUGGCUGGAAACCUUCGAAGUUCCAAAAUGUCUCUCUCAAAAGCAUAAUAAUAUAUCUACACCCCUUUGACUGAUUCCCACCCCAAUCCAAUUUGCAAAACCCCAAAAACCGAUUAUCAUUGACCUCUCUUUCUCCAGAUCUCUUCCAUUAUUCUCUCUACAACAAUUUGUCUUCUCCGUCCGUAUGCAUAUGCAUCUGUACAUAUACUCAUAGAUUAGGGUUUCGUCGAAUUGCUUUCCCCUGAAUGCUCGCUCUGGAAGAACAAUCCCAAAACUAGGGUUGAAUCGAAGUUGUUAGAUUUCCUGGUUCGGCGAUCAAUUGGGGUCGCGAUCUCUAAAAUAUACAUCUCCUGGCUGCUCUAGAUUUCCGAAUCCGCAACAGUUCGCGGCGUUUUUCUUCUUUGUUGGGCGAGAGAGCAAACGAUUCCAUGACGGUGGCUUCAGAGAGCUCAGCUGAGACUUUUCCGGCCUCUGCUGAUGUGCCGCUCCGGAAGAAAUACGGUGUUACGAGGCCUUUGUCUCUGACCGGGCCAUCCGAGGCAGAUCUCCAGAGAAACGAAGAACUUGAAAAGUUUUUGAGGGAUUCAGGGUUGUAUGAGAGUGAUGAAGAAACUAGAAAGAGAGAGCAGGUGCUUUGCCAGCUUGAUCAGAUUGUAAAGCUCUGGGUAAAACAAUUGACCCGCCAGCGAGGUUACUCAGAUCAAAUGGUGGAAGAUGCAAAUGCUAUUAUAUUAACCUUUGGCUCCUAUCAGUUAGGUGUUCAUGGGCCUGGAGCUGACAUCGACACAUUAUGCAUUGGGCCAUCUUAUAUUAAUCGAGAUGAAGAUUUUUUCAUUGUUCUGCGUGAUAUUUUAGUUGAAAUGGAAGAAGUUAGUGAACUGCAACCUGUUCCUGAGGCUCAUGUUCCUGUUAUGAAAUUCAAAUUUCAAGGAACAUCAAUUGACCUCCUUUAUGCAAGCAUUUCUCAGAUCGUCGUCCCACAAGAUUUUGACAUUUCUGAUCGCUCUGUGUUGUACAACAUUGAUGAACCAACUGUUCGGAGCCUCAAUGGGUGCAGGGUUGCUGAUCAAAUACUGAAACUAGUUCCGAAUGCCGAGCACUUCCGGACAACACUUAGAUGUUUGAAAUUUUGGGCCAAAAGACGCGGUGUCUAUUCAAAUGUCACUGGAUUUCUUGGUGGUGUAAAUUGGGCACUUUUGGUUGCUCGGGUUUGCCAGUUCUAUCCCAAUGCAAUACCCAGUAUGCUGGUUUCACGGUUUUUUAGAGUCUAUACACAAUGGCGCUGGCCUAAUCCUGUAAUGCUUUGUCCUAUUGAGGAGGAUGAACUUGGGUUUCUUGUUUGGGAUCCUCGCAAGAAUCCCAAGGAUAGAAAUCAUCAUAUGCCAAUAAUCACUCCUGCAUACCCUUGCAUGAAUUCUAGUUACAACGUUUCACCAAGUACUCUACGUGUUAUGAUGGACCAGUUUCAAUUUGGGAACAAAAUUUGCGAGGAGAUUGAGUUGAACAAGGCACAAUGGGGUUUUCUUUUUGAGCCAUACUUUUUCUUUGAGGUGUACAAAAACUAUCUUCAGGUUGACAUUAUUGCAGCAGACAAUUAUGAUUUGCUGGCUUGGAAAGGAUGGGUUGAAUCACGGCUCAGACAACUAACACUUAAGAUAGAGCGUGACACAAAUGGGAUGUUGCAAUGCCAUCCUUACCCAAGCGAGUUUGUGGACACGUCUAAGCCAUGCCCACAUUGUUCAUUUUUCAUGGGCUUGCAGCGGAGACAAGGAGUACAAGUGCUAGAAGGACAACAGUUUGAUAUUCGUGGAACUGUUGAAGAGUUUAAACAAGACAUAAGCAUGUAUUCUUAUUGGAGACCAGGGAUGGAUAUUUUUGUCUCUCACGUACGUAGAAAGCAAAUCCCUGGUUACGUCUUUCCUGAAGGGUAUAAGAGACAGAGGCUGUCUCGGACCACACAUCAGUGUACUAAUACUCCUCCUGAGAAAAAUAUCAGAGGUAGCUUGUCUCCUGAAGACAAGCAUUCCAAGAGGAAGCAUGAGAACGAAACAGUUUAUGUGAAGUCCAACAAGCUUGGAAAGCAAAGGUCUGAUAGUCCACUGCAGAUAGGAUCUGAUUCUCCUGCUUCUGGUGGGUUAUCUCCAUCGCUGGGCAUUUGCAAGGAAUCUCAACUAGAGCAUAUGAGUAUCGUUGAUGUUACGGGAAAUUGCAUGCCUGUCAGUUUAAAUGGACAAUGUGAGCAGGCUGGUACGUGGGAAUGUGCUGAAAGUGUGUUAUCAAGUUCCGAAAUCUGCCUCACCAGCGAGGGUGGUGUAAGCUUGGUGGAGCAAAUUUCACGGGUAGGGGAUGGGUGUCUAGAUGAAAGCAGUGUACUGAGGACAGGGGGGAGUGCCUUGCCGGACAAACCAAAUUCACAGGUGAAGUAUUGAAGUGUUUCUUCCAUUUCAAUGAUACACUUUCAUUGUAAUAUCACUAACUGGAACUCUCUUGUCAUUAUGCACUUUCCAUUUCAGUUUUCGUUCACAUCAUCUUUUUGUUAGGAUCAUUCUGACUACUGAAGAGCUGGAAUGUUGUUGAUAUUAUUCAAGAUAUUCAUGAAGUUGGGUUCUUAAAUUCGUAAGCUUGUUAAGCCUCAUGAAUGUCUUGCAACAUACAAGAGCAGGGUGCAUUGUGGUUAAUUCUACCGAUUUAAAGUAUCUUAUUUUAUGGAAGAUGAAAAUUUUAAUCUUUUUUGGAUGGUUGCUAGUUUAAGGUGGUUACUAAGCCAGUUCCAAACAACAACAACCACAACAACAACAACAACAACAACAACAACAACAACAACCCAGUUAAGCCAGUUCCAAACCAAACCAAAUAAUCCCAGUAAAUCCCACUCAAGAGUGGGGUGUGGGAGGAAGAUGCAUGCAUACCUUACAUCUACCCCAAGGAGUAGAGAAGCUGUUUCUGAAAUGACUCGAGAAAAGCCACUUCGUUGAUGUGAAAAUCUUGCUAAUGGUCAAAAUGUCACGGCUUGAUCUUUUUAUGAUCCUUAACCUUGAUUAGUUUAUUCAUAAAGACGCUAAUCACUUCAUGCAUGGCUAUAAUAAGCUGAUCUUGAACUCCGGUUUUGUCUGAGAUAAGGAACACUCUAACAGUCCUGCCCCGGCGUGUUUUUUUCUUUUUACUCACUACUGAACUUAUGGCCCUUUUGUUUUUUUCUGCUGUGUGUAGCCAAACAUUGCACUUACAAGGGUAAUUGAGUCAUCAAGAGACGGCGCAAGUCCAGAACCCACACAUGAGCCAGCUAUAGGGCAAGUCCUUUCUCCACGAACCCGCUUUUCCCGAUAUGUAAUAUGCUAUUGUUAUUUUUAUACUUUCUCGCUUGUUUCUUUCUGCGUUUCCCUUUGUAGCAGGUGAGUCUGGAAUCAACUGCGUGAGGGUGGUACACAUAUUAUCUCGUAAACAAAGCUCGCGAGGGCAUCUAACGGAAAAAGUCUCAUUAAUCCUUUUUUCUGCAAGUUCUGUUUGGAGGAAGAAACAAGGGAACAAAAAAGCUCUGCAAGAAUGGGAAAACUUGUGCAUUUGUGACAGGGGAAGGAGACAACUGGCUGGUGGAUUUUGAUUUGUGGUUCUACAUGUUGACCUAGUAUGGGAUGACUUUAAUUUAUCACCUUUUUUGUUUUCUUUCAAGGAAAGAGCAAAAACAAAAAUGAACCAAUGGUACAACUGUGUGGGGAGUUGACUUUUUUU